AGACGAGGGGUAGUACAUGUCUAUUUAUCCUUGCCGACUUGCCGUCUCUCUCUCUAUACUUCUGCUGUCUCUCGGCAGAUCAUCGAAGGUGAAGCUUUUUUUCUUUUCUUUCUUUCUCUGCAACGGUGUGAGGCCCAGAUCAACAAAGAAAUCAGAAAGAUUCAAAGUUUUGUGGGCUUGAUACCACAACAGGAAAUCCAUAGCUCUAGGAAGGCCUUCGGCUCCAGCCAGAGAGCAGUGGAUGAUCAUGAAGCGGGAACGGGAGGAAAUACGGCCUGAGGGCCCCAAUAAUUGCAUCCCCAAGUUUUGUUUUGGAUUUUCUGUGCCAGAGAUUGACAAGAUAAUGGAGGACCGGUUGCCAACAAACCAAAAAUCCAAACUUAAGUGGCCACAAUCUCAGGCCAAGACGUUGCUUGGUAUUGACAAUGCCCCAGAGGCUGAUCUGACUGGUAGAUUGCCGGUGGAUAUUCUUUCUUCUAUAAUAUCAUUAAACUCAUUGAGGGAGGCUGCCACUACUAGUAUCCUUUCAAAAAGAUGGAGAUACAUUUGGAGGACCUCUUCUAAUCUUGACCUAGAUGCCAAAAACAUGCUUGGACAUUUUUUAUACUUGGACCAUUUCAAAAGGCAGCCUACUCUGUGGAAACAGAAGCAAAAGGGAAGAUUUGUUAGAUGGGCCAAUCAUAUUCUAGAACUCUAUGUCGGCAAAAACGUAGAUUCCGUCAAGGUUGAGUAUCCGUUGGGUAGUGAUCAUGGUUGCGACGUUGAUCGAUGGAUUCAAUUUGCAAUUGAUAUGCAAGUUCAAAAGCUUGACAUCAACCUGUUAGACGAUCAUUUGUCAGACUUGUAUCAUGAGCUCUAUAAAUUUCCAUAUUGGCUAUUUGCUCAAGCAGGGAAACGGCCAAAGAUAAAACAUUUGUCUUUGAAUUUUUGCAGCCUGAGUAUUCCAGAAAAUUACAAUGGCUUGAACUCCCUUUCAUCCCUCACAUUGAAAAAGACAAGUUUAAAUCAAGAGGAUGUGGAUAACAUUUUGUCUAGUUGCCCAUCUUUAGAAUGGUUUAGUAUAAGCGAAUGCCGUUGUCCAUUUCGUUUAAAAUUAUCUAGUGGAUGUCGGUUUCUCAGGCUGAGGCACUUGAGGAUAUUUCGUUGCGAGCCUUUAGAAAGAGUUGAAAUUCAUGAUGCCAUAGGUAUUGCAUCAAUUGAGUAUGACGCAAAGAUGUUUGGGCAGGUCUUGUUAAAGAACAGUGCAGAACCUGUUAGACUAUGUGUGACUUUGCAGUCUAAUCGUAGAACUUUGCAGUCUGAUCGUAGAACUUUGCAGCCUGAUCCUAGAACUCAAAUAACAUAUGUCCUUAGCACACUUGCAAAAGACUUUCCUCUAGUUGAAACUUUAUUAGUGUCCACUCCAUUUGUCCAGGUUGAUUUAAUACCUAAGCCCUUAACCACAUUUACUAGACUCAAGCAAUUGAAGCUAUUAGGUGUACGAUUUAGAAAAAUCUUGCUGGACCUGACCUCUGCUUUUUUGGAGGCGGCUCCAUCAUUGGUUGAACUUGAGAUGGAUCUCCAUCUUCCCUGCAGUGAGGAAGAACGGAUAAAGCGCCUAAAGAUAAUAGAAGGAGCAGAUUACAGAGAGCACAAAAAGAUACCUCUUAAAGAAUAUUGUCAACAUCAGCGUCUCAAGAAAGUGGAGCUACGUGGUUUUUAUGCUUCUCCAAUUGAAUUUGACCUUGCCGUACUUCUGCUAAAAAAUGCUAUUGUGCUUGAGAAGAUGAGAAUUGUUCUAGAAAUAACACCUUAUUUAGGCGACGGUGAAUGCUGUGUUAUGGAGAUAUCCAAAACUAAAAUCGAGCUAGAGCGAAUUCUCAAAAUUCUGGGUCCGGAGGUGCCAUCUACAGUUAAUUUAGUACUCGAGUGAUCUUUCUUGUUAUUAUUUUCGUGGGGGGAAAUAUGUUCUUCCUGUGAAAAUUUUCGUGGAAGAAAACGAUGAAUAUUUAUUGUGCAGUUCAGAUGAUGAUUUAUUUCUGAAUAA